AUGGUAUCCAAAGCAGAUCCUAAUAAACAAGGUUGGGAGGAAUCUACAAAACAAGGUUUCGGGAAAGAAUGUAAAGUUUGUUCUCGGCCUUUUACAAUCUUUAGAUGGCUUCCUGGAGCUGGAAUGCGAUAUAAAAAAACGGAAAUCUGUCAAACAUGUGCCAAAUUAAAAAAUGUUUGUCAAACAUGCUUAUUAGAUUUACAGUAUAAUCUUCCAGUACAAGUUCGUGAUACUGCAUUAAAUAUUGUGAAUGAAGCGCCAAGUCUUAUAAGUUAUGGAAGAGCCGAUUCCGCUGGUCGCGAAACGUUAAAAAAGCUUGCCAGAACAGAACCUUAUUAUAAACGUAAUCGACCUCAUAUAUGUUCCUUUUUUGUUAAAGGGACGUGCACACGUGGUGAUGAAUGCCCGUAUAGACAUGAAAUACCAGAAGAAAAUGAAUUAUCACAUCAGAAUAUUAAAGAUCGUUAUUAUGGUACCAACGAUCCAGUAGCAAAAAAAAUAUUGAAUCGUUUGAAAGGUGGUGGAAAUUCAAAUAUUACUCCACCUGAAGAUAAAUCUAUUACUUCAUUAUUUAUCACUGGAGUAGAAGAAGAUAUUUCCGAAACCGAUUUAAGGGGACACUUCUAUGCAUUUGGAGAAAUUAAAUCCGUUGUAGUAGUUCAUAAAUCAAAAUGUGCAUUUAUAAAUUACGCGAGUAGAUCAUCAGCCGAACAAGCUAUAGAAAAAUCUUAUAAUAAUUUAGAAAUUAAAGGACAUGGAUUAAAGGUAGCUUGGGGUCGACCUAGACCUACUGGACCAAAAACCGAAGUACAGGCAGCUAUUUCAUCUCAAGGAAUUAUACUUCCACCAUUAGAAUCUGUAGAAAUUCCUCCACCGCCUGGAGAAACUCCUACCGAUUUUCUUUAUCCUAGUCAAGAUCCAACCUAUCAAGGUUCAACGAACAAAGUUUAA